CCAGUUCUUCUUGAAGUGACGGUGAAAGGUGUGCCCUUCCAAAGUGAGAACGCAAGCAUUAGCAGCAUACCUGGACCUUGUCACGGCAUUGUUUUGCCACACAGCAGCACAAUAUAAGAGGCUGUGUUCCUGUGGAGGGCAGGCCUGCGCAGGCGAACGCCGCCACACAGCAGCAGGAAGAAGAGAUCAGCAUAUGACUUUGAGCACAUGUGAGUCACAUCAACUAGUGAGUCAGAUGGUUUUCCUGGAGGAGGAUUAUCAGACUUCACACCAGGCCUUUUAUACUGAAAGUCACCCGGAGCCUCAGUGCUGCCAUCUAUCUUCUGGCUGAAAGUCUGACAAGUGCUAAAACAUGGAAUGUCAGUGCGAAAAGGACAACGCUGGGGAGGCUGUUGCAGGUUGGUGGAUGGGCACCAGCAACGUCCAGUUAGGAGCUUUCACCGUGGUUGGGUAUCUUCUCUACAGAUUUUCUCAGACUCUGCCUGCUCUGAUUCGCUGGCCGAUUCGUCUUUUCUGCUCUUUAACCGGUCUGUCAGCUCUGUGGAGCUGGGUGGGCCGCCUCGUGGGAACAAUACGUGGAAUCCAGAACCUGUUUAAAUUUCUGUCGCGAGCGUGGCGCUUCAUCGUACGUAUUUCCCACAAGUUCAAGUGGCUGUCAGCUGUUAUCAAAGCUAUCACAGGAUCAUCUGGAGAUGAAGCCCAGGGGUCAGUAGGCAGCGGCAGUCCCAGAGACCCAGGUUUAAGGCUGAUCCUCCUUGGGCCCAGUGGAGGAGGACGAACCUCCCUGGCAAACACGUUGUUGGGCAGCAAAGGGAGAAAAUCACCCGUGGGUCCUCUGAUGGAAAGCACCAAAUCUACGGCAGUGGUGGACGGCAGAGAGGUUACAGUGGUCGACACCCCAGAUCUUCUGGGUCCAUCACUUGGGGGCAACAGGAGAGCGAAGGAGGCUUUGAGGAGCCUUCAGCUGGUCAGUCCUGGGCCACAUGCCGUCCUGCUGGUGCUGCAGGCUCCACACUCUGGCAGGGGAAUCAACCAGGAUGCUCACCGUGCGAUCCAAGCCACCAUGGAACUGUUUGGAGACGACGUCUUGGGGCACAUCAUCCCUGUGCUCACCCACGCUGACCUCCUGGGUCAAAAACAUACUACUGUAGAUCAGCUGCUGGAUGUGGACACUGAUCUGAGAAGGACUGUGUCUCUGUGCGGGCAGAGGCCUGAACUGGUGGACGACAGGCCAGACUGCCCCCCAGAGGCACAGAGGACGAUGAGCAGGCAGCUGGUGGGGCGUGUGAUGGAGAUGAAAGAGCUGAGGGGGCAUUUUGUCCACAAACUGCAGAGAAGGGAGGAGCGCUUCAGGGAGGAGCUGCUGACUGACAUGGCAUCUGCACUGGCAAGAAAACUGGGACACAUGUGAACAUGAGGAGGAGGAGGAGGAGGAAGAGUUUAGUGUUGCUGUUGUGUCUUUCUGUGCAAAAACAAACGUGCAAUUUUGAUUUUUAGUGCAAGACUGAUUCUCUGCCUGAGGUAUUUCCGUCUCUCCACUGGUUCACCGCUCUUCCAAAUGAAUUUACUACUGCUGGCGUUCGUUUUGGUUCUCAGAGUGCCACACAUGCUUUUGGUUGGACAUCAUGGUCACACCAAUUAGAUUUUACUAUUUUCAUGCGUCAUAAUUCUUCAGUUUUUGCAUAUGUUUUUGCAUGAGCUUCGUGCUUCGUGUUUUCAUACUCUUCUCCACUGCGUCACUCACCUCCUUCUUCUAUAAUUCAUAAAGGACAUCAAACUUUUAAGACGAGCAGGGUAUAAUAAACAAAAAGUCAUAUUGGGACAAAAGCACGGCAGUCCAGCUCGUGCUUUGUCCAGGAGCUUCUGUGGAGCUUUGUGCAGCUGCAGAGAAAGUUUUCCGACAUAUUUGUAGGAUUAACAUGAUCCCUUUUUAAAGAUACAAUAUGGAACUUUUCUGCAUUAUAACGUCUAAAAAUGACAAGACGACCCCUAACACAAACUAGGUAUUUGUUGUUGUUAUUGCUACUACAUCCCACCCCAUCUUGAUUCCUCCCCUGGAAUCAAGCUGGAGUAUGCGGGAUCAAUAGAUAAUUAUUGAGUUUUAGUCACAGGUUAUUUAAAAAUAUUUUGGGAUUGCAACUCCAUCUCUGAAACUCUCCACCCAUAUUGACACAUGUUUUAUUUAAUGUCACUUUUUGAGUUUCUUUGUAGUAUAGAAAGUUGUUGUCGGUGCCUAAGUUACAAUCUUUCCACUGAAAAGGCCUGAUUGCAGAGUUAUUAUUGGUCAAAACCUCCUGUAAAAGCUGUAAACGGAGCCAGAUGACUUGAUUUACACGACGCCGAGAGGUUUUUAUGGAAAAUAAUCCUGCCUACUGUACCUUUAAUGACUCGAACUACAAAUGACACCAGGAAAUCAGACUCUGUGUUCAGGGAGAGAUCUUCACAAGCAAAGGCUGACCUCCAGUUGAACCACAUGGGUUUGUCCGGCGCAUGAUGAUGCAGAAGCGCCAGCGAAGAAGACACCCACGUCUGCGUUUCUGUGGUCAGAGUCUGAACUCUAACCUGGAAAAAGAGAGGAUAUUAACGAAAGCACGUUUCACACUGAAAUGGAGAUGCAGCUGCGGCCUGGGAGCACUUAGGGAUCGUCUAGAAGGAGCUGCGGGAAGUGGGUGAUGAAAAAGUAAUUUGCCCUCCACACCCUCUUGUCACCACAAGUCUGAGCUUGACCAUGACACAGAGGGAAGCACGAAAAAAAAAGUCAUUUAUCUUUAUAUGUUUGUGUUGUUUUGCUGAAUACAAAGAAAAACUCCUCUUAACUCUUACUGUUCGAAGAGGUAUAAAUCUGAAGAGAAUAAAUCUGAGGAAAACAUCAAAGAUAACUUAUAAAUACUUGAACCCAGAGAUCAACUUUCUCCAUCUGAAAACAACAUGUCCAUUUCUUAGGUAGCACUCUGCCUUUUUCUCAAGGGCAACUAUGUGUCAUAGUAGCAGCUUUAUUGACCCACAUUAUACGCAGCAUGUGAAUCGAUUGUUUCCGCUGGAUUACUUGUGUUGCAGCUUGAAUUCCGCAGAGAAAACUGACCUGAAUGGAUAUUUUUGCUUAAGAAAGGACAAUUAACCAAAAAAUGAAUUUGAUGUAAUAAAAAUCUGUAUCAUCAUUCAUUUGUUUUAGGUUAAAAUAUGUGAUACUCUGAUAUUCCAUACUGAAUUUAUUGAUAAAUGUCUGCACAAUGA